CCCUCCUUGUCCAGUAAACCAAAUGCGACACUGGAAAAAAAAUAUGGAAAUAUAUUUGCUAUGAAGGACAAAUAAAAAAUGGACAGCGCUUAAUUGAUUAGUGCAGUGAUAAUGACGCAAGAGUCCAUUGGAAUUCAACUUUACCCAUAUUGCAUGAGUAGUACCAUAACUGUAGUCUGUAUCCAUCAUUUCAAGAUAUAAAUGAGCGUUUUAUCACUAUCAAUUCUACUGGUCUUUAUGGUACGUUAGACAGAUGCUUGGAAUAUGGGACUGAUUAGGAUAUUAUGUGCAUAAAGACAUAUCAGAUGCUCCAUAUGUGGAGAGACUGAGAGAUGAAUUGUCAUAUCUUUCAUAUAGCAGGAGUCCUGUAGGACUGUUGUAGCCUGUAGGAAUACAAGAAUUGCGCGCUGUCUUCAAAUUAACAAAGUGUAUAAUUAACAAUAAAAAUUAUUACGAAUUAAAAAUUAAAUCGUAUCCCGGAUAAAACUUGCAUAUUGAUAUUACUCUAUAGCUGCACAACUCUCUCAUCUACCAGACUACAAUAUAUUUUUUUGAUCGAUUUGGUAGUCAUAUCUUAGAUCUGCUGUAAUCGGAGAGCAUGUAACUAAACAAAAAAAUGUGUGAACCUGGGAAGGAGCAUUUACCACUUAAAAUGGCAAAAAAGUAGUGACAGGCCUUAUCCCCUGUUGAGGACCAUAUACAUAAGUAUGCAACUAUGCAAGAGUGAGUGUGUGUGUGUGUGUGUGUGUGUGUGUGUGUGUGUGUGUGUGUUUGUGUCCUUUAAAGACCAAGAUGGCAUGGGAUGGGAUACUGGGUACGGGAUGGGCAAUACAGGUUUUAAGAAAUAUGGUGUGAAAGGGAAGUUAGGCUGCUGUUAUUCAGGACAUUUUGGUAUGCAAUGCAUUUGUCUAGUAGAGUAGCCUACAUUGUUAUACUUCUACUCCUAUUUGGUAUGUGCAAUUGAUGGCUGGUAGCUCCCCACAUCUAAACUAUCUUAAAUGCUCUCUCUCGCUCUUUCUAGUCUCUAUUAUCUAUGUGCUUCUUCCCCUUGCCAUUUCCCACCUCUAUAUAUAGCUCACACCUUUCAUUGCUUGUACCAUACCUUUUAUACCAUUUGUGUUUUUUUGUUUAGACCUCUCUUUCUGAAACAACAGGUUCAAGGCUGUUAAUCUUUUCUGGGUAAUAUUCAUCAUGCAGAUCAAAGCCGCUGUUUUCUUCACUGUUAUUAAGAAAGCAAUAUGGGCUCUUACGACGUGUCUUUUUGCUUUAGGAGGGGCAGUCGUAGGAACAAUUACAGGGGCCAUUAAGGGGCAGACAACAGAGACUGGGCUUGCACGUGGGGCUGGAAUUGGUGCGGUUGUAGGGGCUGUCACUGCCAUCCAGUUGAUGGAUUCUAUAACUAACGGCGAGUCAUUUUCCAAGGCCGCUCUGCUCUGUAGCCUUCUAAAUGGCAAGGUCUUUGUGGAAUGGGCGAGUCCUGCAUUACUGAAAGCAUACCAGUGGCAAGUCAGUUCUAUUGAUGCAAGCUCAUCAAUAGAAAUUUCAGAUCUGUUUGAAGUCACUUUGAGCAAAGGUUUAUCUCAGAAUUACAUCAACAAGUUACCCGUACACAGAUUCAGCGCGGCCAGUAUCACAAGUAGUUGCUAUGAGACUUCUUGUGCAAUUUGUUUACAGGAUGCGAAGAACGGGGACUUGGCAAGGACUUUACCGGAUUGCAGACACUGCUUUCAUUUACAUUGUAUAGAUGAAUGGCUAACAAGACAAGGGUCUUGCCCAAUUUGUAGAAAAGAUGUAUAAUUUACUUUCUUCGAACCUUGCAAGGAGAAUCAUAUACAAUAUAACAUUGGAAAGGGCUCACUUGAAGUAUUUUCAUAGCGGUUUGAAGUAAAAGGGCUGUUCUUUUGAUAGUAUAUAUGAGUUCCUACAUUACGGCCAAAUGACACUGCAAACUGCAUACUGAUCCUUCCCCUCAUGCGAAGUAUAUUUUGAGUCUUGACUCUGGCAAAGAAACAACUAAUAUCUAUCAUCUCAAUGAACACUAAUGUGAUCAAAGAAAAUCAGUUAUGACAGAAGUCAUGAUCAAAAGG